GGUUGUUUCAACGUCACAAUCCGCCUUCCCAACGUUGAGAGGAGCCAGGCAGCUCCAUCCAAUUGUCCUCUCGCGUCAUCUGUCUCUUUGCACUGGGUCGGUGUUUUCUGCUGCCCAAUUCGAGCUUCUCUCAAGCAUCGUCAACAAAAUUGAUUGCUUUUGCCACGACACUUUCAAGCCACUCAAAUGCUAAUGGCGAUCGCGUUUCCGUAACUGCUCUUCUCCAACCUAUCAAUUCCCAACAUUCCUGGCCACGGGCCAAACCGAUAUGCACCUCCCGACCCAGCUAUCGGCGCUCCUCCUGGUCGCGCUGCCAUCUGCGGUGCGUGCUGUCUUCCAGGAUGAGGUCGGCCACAUCGACUACCAUUACGAACUCCUGGGCCUCCCCCAACGUGAAACCACCUUCUUCCACAAGCCGAGGCGAGACGACAAGGCGAGCCUGCUCUAUACACUAAGCGACGUUGGCGUGCUCGGGGCCGUCAAUCCCAGCAGCGGGGCCGUCCUUUGGCGACAACUGCUCAAUGGCACCAUCACGGACGGCGGCGGCUUCUUGCGCGCGGGCGAAGGCCAAAACUGGCUGGCCAGCGCCUACGGCCAGUCGGUACACGCGUGGGACGCCGUAAACGGGAGAAAUAAGUUUUGGAUGGACUUUGCGGGGGAGGUCAAGGACCUGGAGGUCAUGGAGAUGACUGAAAAUAACAGGAAGGAUAUCCUGGCUUUGUUCGACGAGAACGAGUCGACUGUGCUCAGGAGGCUGAGUGGCAACGACGGAAGGGUUGUGUGGGAAUAUAAGGAGACAUCCGGUGACGUGCCCCUUCAGGUCAGCACCAAUGUUGAGAAGGCCUUUGUCAUUAGUCUUCGCGGAUCUGCCGGUGCCUACAACAUCAAAGUCACCAUCCUCGAUGCCCUCAGCGGGAAGCGCGAGGAUGAGCUGGUGCUUGGAACCAAGGCGGAUGUUCACGAUAAGGACGAUGUCAUUCUCGUCGGUGCCAACUCUGCGGCUCCUAUUAUUGCUUGGACCGACGAUACUCGUCAACAGCUACGUGUCAGUGUUCUGGGGCAAAAGACACGGCAGGAAUUCGCCCUGUCCGCCGACACUAUCUCCGUCGAAAUCCAUGCUCCCCAUAUUGUCCAGUCUCAGCCGCAUUUCCUGGUGCACAGCAAAACCUCUACCGGCCAUACUGCUGAGGUGUACCACGUUGAUCUUAGGACAAACGUCAUCACCAAGGCUUAUCAGCUCCCUUUCACUUCUGGACCCGGCGCUUUCUCCACCAGCUCUAACGGUGCGAAUGUCUACUUCACUCGUAUUACUGACGAGGAGCUGGUCAUUUUCUCGUCUAUCUCGGACACCGUGCUCGGGCGAUGGCCCCUGAAGACGACCGAAUCCAGACUGGUUGCCCUCCAUGGAGUCUCCGAGGUUGUGAAGAAGGCCGGCACCGAUAGCUAUGCCGUCAGGUCGGCUGCUGUUACAGAUACCGACGAAUGGAUUCUUAUCCGUAACGGAGACGUCGUCUGGUCUCGUCCUGAAGGCUUGACCGGAGCUGUUGCGGCCACUUUCGUGGAGAUUCCUGAGAGUGAAAACCUCGCCAAGACUUUGGAACAGGAGGCUCACAGCAACCCUCUCGAGGCUUACAUCCAUCGCGUCAAGCGUCAUCUUGAAGAUCUCCAGUACUUGCCCACGUACCUUAACAACAUUCCUACCCGCUUGAUGAGCAGUAUACUUGGCACUGAGGUCUCUUCCCACGAUGUUAAGCUUGCCCGGGACAGCUUUGGUUUCCAUAAGCUGGUUGUUUUGGCUACAAGGCGCGGUAUGAUCUACGUCCUUGACGCCGGUGACCACGGAAAAAUCCUGGCUUCCAAGAGGGUCUUUGACCUACCCAAGGGCCAGAAGUGGGCUAUUGCUGGAAUCAAGGCGGAUGACUCGACGGGCAUUGUCACUAUCCUUGGAACGAACAACGAUGAGACAAUUGUCAAGAUUCUCCCGGGUACCUCGUUCAAUAUAGAGGUGUUAAGCAAGGGGCCGGAGGGAUCUCCUGCGACCCAGAGUGCUGCUCUUCUCAACACCGUUUCUGGACCUCGUCUCUUCCCCGUUGGUUCGGAUGGUGAACUUCAAGGCCUGACCUCCGACAUACUCCCUAACCAGGUUGCUGUGGUCCGCGGCUCCGAUAGAGAGUUGAAGGGCGUAGCGAUUGCUGACGGAAAGCAAACCGUCUCUUGGACUUUCGUGUUGCCCAAGUCUCAGAGAAUCGUCGACAUUGCUGCCAGACCUUCUCAUGACGCCGUUGCCUCCAUUGGUCGCGUCCUCGGUGACCGAACUGUAAAGUACAAGUACCUCAACCCCAACACCCUUGUUGUUGCCGCAGUCGAUGAGAGUACCAAGAUUCCUUCUCUUGUUAUCUAUCUGCUUGACACGGUCUCCGGACAGAUCUUGGCCUCCUCGAAGCACGAGGGCGUUGACCCCAGCAAGCACAUUGAGUGUGCCAUGGCGGAGAACUGGUUUACUUGCACCUACUUUGGCCAGUACCGCCUCAGAGACGGCGCCCAAUCUCUCAAGGGAUACCAGAUCGUCGUCUCCGACCUUUACGAGACAGACAAGCCCAACGAUAGAGGUGUCCUUGGUGACGCCGAGAACUUCUCCUCUCUUGGGCCCAUCGAUGCUCCGGGUGACGUCCCUCUGCCCUCGGUCGUCUCCCAAACCUUCAUUCUCAGCGCUCCCAUUUCCGCGCUGGAGGUCACGCAGACCAGACAGGGUAUCACUUCUCGCCAGGUGCUGGCUUACCUCCCGGAGAAUCACGGUAUCGUCGGUAUCCCGCGCAUGGUCCUCGAGCCCCGCCGCCCUGUUGGCCGUGACCCUACCGCCGCCGAGGUCGAGGAAGGCUUGAUCAAGUACCACCCCGCCAUUGAGAUUGACCCCAAGAGCGUUCACACCCACGAGAGGGACGUUAUUGGUGUGCAGAAGAUCAUUGCCGCGCCGGCAGUUGUGGAGAGUACCAGCUUGGUGUUCGCUUAUGGCAUCGAUGUAUUUGGGUCGAGGGUAGCGCCGAGCUUCCUAUUUGAUAUUCUCGGCAAGGGCUUCAACAAGGUCACUCUUAUUGGAACUGUAUUGGCGAUUACGGCUGGUGUGAUGAUUUUGAGCCCGAUGGUUCGGAGAAAGCAAAUCAACGCGCUUUGGGGUGCUCCGAUGUAAAAGUAGGUUUCAGGUUGGUGUAUGGCUCCCACUGAAAGUGGCGGCGCUUUAAUUACAUAGAAGGAUUACACAUAAAGAUGGAACAGAAACGUUUUAAUGACAUGAAUUUAGCAGUGCAUACCUGUUUUGGGGCUCAAAUAACUGGGUUCGUAAGUUUCGAUCCCUGAAUGGCCAUUCAGUAGAGCUAUGUGACGUUCUUCAGUCCAGUAUGGGCCAGUAUGUGUAAAUAUUUAUCACAUCAAUUCUUUACAAUGAUUCUCUGCUCUUUGCGCAUCUCUCCACAAAUUCUUACAGUUAUCUUUCGCGAGACCUUUCAUUGUUCAUGCUUUAUCACCGCAUCCAUCACAUGGAACCUGGCUAUGCCAAUUCACUCCUUCCUUACCACAUUCUUCAUUUUCGGUCGCUCCACCCCACCCCACACAACAAUCCUCCAUUAUCAUAGGGAUCGAAGCCCUGUCGGGUUCCGACACUACGAACAGAGAAAUGGAAGGUCUUUCACCGACGGCGUCCAAUACCACUUAAGCUUCCUUGAAUACCUUCGUUAACUCUCCAGAGGUAACUUUUGUUUUUUGCCACUACCCAACAUUGACCGCCGCCUCUUCCCAUAAUGCUCAGCUUUUGCCCAACGAUUAUGAUCAUUCGUUGGAUAUCUUCGUGAAGCUUGCCCCUGGCUCCAUCAUGCAAUCUUCACAACCCGGCCAUGCCAGUCCGCUAUUUUCUAGAAUUUUCAAAUUCCGUGAAUGACAAGAUUUUGCUCGGGCGGAAAACUCGGUGACGGUAGUCGCUUGUGUAUGUAGUCUGGAUUGUUGUCAUUCUGCUCGUUGCUUCUCUGCCGACGAAGAGCGCGAAACGUAAGUAGCACCACGGCGCUUGAUUUGACAUCACCUGGUUCAUCUGUCACACCGCACCAUGAUCACCCAUGUAUCAUCCGAAACAACUCGACGCGGCUUGAUAGCCUCUCAUCCAGUCAUCAUGGAUACUCGUGCCCGCCCGCACGGCCUUCCUCCUUACUCAUUCGGACCGCCUUGCUUACCCCCAUGGCAUCUAUCAGUGAGAGACGAGCCUCUUCAUCUUCUACAGCCUCUUGACUAUUCACUCCCUAGCUAGGCGUCAAGUCUGCCCGCCUCAUGCCGUCUUACUGUCCAAUAAGGUGACAGAUAGACCAGGCACAAGGAACUGAGUGAACGGCUCGACGUCCCGGCCGAGCUGAAGCCAGACGUGAUACUGCCCGUCCUCCAUGCCGAUUCGACUUUCGAGGCUCCACAAACACCAGCCCAUUAUAACCAUGCCCUUGAUCGUCUAGGAUUUUGCCGUCCCGUGGUUUCCGCCGGAGCCACUCAGUCAUGAAUCCAGACUCUGGGUAACCUUCACGCCCUUCUUCACCGAACAACUGACCAGUCGAACUUGGAAAGUGAAGCCGACACCUUCCUCUUCGACACCAUCCCCGACAAGGCAACCGCACUUGUCAAAACGAUGACUCGCGAGUACGCGUUCUUGAAAAGAUUUCUCUCCUUGUUCGCCCCAUUGGAUAGAGCUCUCUGAAACUUCGGGGCCAUCGUGGCGAUUGUGUGGGGUUGCCACAAGUACUCAACACUUGGGGCUUUCGAUUUGGGCGAGCAUCGGAGUAGUUGUAAGAGAACGCGUCAUACGCGUAUAUGAAGGUGAUCAUGAUGGUGGGCCGAUAGCGUUGACGAGGUGGAAGAGCCUGGACAAGGAGCAGCACUGCCACAUCCAAGAGCUGCUAAGAUGCUACGCCUUUAGUAUUACUAAGGACCG